AUGAGGCCGGCGGCGGCGGCGGCGGCGCUGGAGGCUCCCGCGGCGGCCGGGGCGGCCGUGGCCGUGCGGCUGGUCCCGCCGGAGCCGAGGGACCGCGGCAGCCAGCGCUGCCGCCUGGGGCCCGCCGCCCUCCGCGCCCUGGGCGUGCUGCCGGGCUCGGCCGUGCGGGUCACCCUGCCCGGCGGCGCCUCCUGCCUCUGCACGGCCUGGCCCCGCCGGGACGGGGCGGACGGCUUCGCGCAGGCCGACCCGAGCUGCGCCGCCCCGGGGGCCUGCUGGCCGCACGGCCCCGCCCCGGCCCGCCUCCGCCCGGAGCCCUGCCCGCCGCUGCGGCGCCUCACGGUGCGGCCGCUGGCGCGGGAGCCGGGCGCGCGGCCGGAGGCGGCGGCGGCGGCGGCGGCGCGCGACCUGCUGCGGCGGCGGCCGGUGGCGCGGGGGCACGUGGUGCGCGCGCCCCCGGCGGCCGCGGGCCCGCUGCGCGGCGUGCUCGUCCUCGCCGCGGAGCCGGGGCCGGCCGGGCUCGUCACCGCCGCCACGCGCGUGCUCGUGGAAGAGGCGGACGACGAGGAGCCGCCGGAGGAGGAAGAGGAGGAGGAGCCGGGGGGCCUGGCGGCCGAGGCGGCGGCGCUGCGGGAGCUGCUCCUGCGGCCGCUGCGCUUCCCGCUGACGGCGGCGCUGGGACUGGCGGGGCCCCGCGGGCUGCUGCUGUGCGGGCCCCCCGGCGUGGGCAAGACGCGGCUGGUGCGGGCGGCGGCGCGGGCGGCGGGGGCCCGGCUGCUGGCGGCCGGCGGGGCGGCCCUGCAGGGCGCCCGGCCCGGGGACACGGAGGCCAACGUGCGGCGGCUGUUCGGGCGCGCCCGGGAGCUGGCCCAACGCCGCCGCCCGGUCUUGCUCUUCGUCGACGAGCUGGACGCCCUGGCCCCGCGGCGGGACGGGCCCGCCGAGGCCCGCGCCGUGGCCCAGCUGCUCACCCUGCUCGACCGGCCCGGGCCGCCCGUCGUCGUGGCCGCCACCAACAGGCCCCACGCCCUCGACCCCGCGCUCAGGAGGCCCGGACGGCUGGACCGAGAGAUUAUCAUUGGAACACCAACCCUUACGCAAAGAAAGUCCAUUCUGGAAGUGGUGACAGCAAAGAUGCCCCUCUCCAAGGAUGUGGAUUUAAUCCAUUUAGCAGAAAUCACUACCGGCUAUGUCGGAGCUGAUCUUACAUCCCUCUGCCGAGAGGCUGCCCUGUGGGCAGUGCUUCACCGAGGCAGGAGUUCCGCUGACCCCGAGGUCAACAUGGCCGACUUUCUUGAAGCUUUUAAAAAGAUUCGGCCGUCUUCCUUCCGCAGUGCCUUGGGACUGGUCGACUUUAAACCUGUUCACUGGGAUGAGAUCGGUGGCCUUGAAGAUGUGAAACUCAAACUGAAACAGAGCGUCGAGUGGCCCAUGAAGUUCCCUGAGGAAUUUAUACGGAUGGGGCUGGCCCGGCCCCGGGGUGUCCUCCUUUUCGGACCUCCUGGCUGUGCCAAGACCACGCUGGUCAAGGCAGCAGCCACCAGCUGCAACUGCUCUUUCGUCACCGUGAGUGGCGCCGACCUCUUUUCCCCGUUCGUCGGAGACUCAGAAAAGGCCUUGGCUCAGGUUUUCCAACAAGCCCGAGCAAACACGCCCGCCAUCGUCUUCCUGGAUGAGAUCGAUUCGAUCUUGGGCUCGCGUUCGGUCGGUUCGGCCAGUCACGGCGUCCAGGAGAGAGUUCUCUCUGUGCUGCUCACUGAAUUGGAUGGUGUCGGCCUCAAGAUGACGGAAGGACGAGGAAGCAAAGCAGAACUCCAAGACGACUAUGGGGAGCUGAGGAACAGUGAGCGAAAGCUCGAGUUCCAGGAAGCGUUGAAUCAGAGUGUCAUGGUGGUGGCCGCCACGAACAGGCCCAAUGCACUGGACGACGCCCUGAUGCGGCCCGGAAGACUGGACAAAGUGAUUUACGUCCCGCCGCCAGACGAGCAGGGAAGGCUUUCGAUUCUGAAAAUCUGCACCAAGAAAACCCCGCUGGGGGCAGACGUGUCCUUGGAAAGUUUGGCAGCGCAGACCCACCUGUACUCCGGAGCCGACCUCAGCAACCUGUGCCGAGAAGCCGCCUUGCUGGCUCUGCAGGAGAACGGUCUGGAAGCCACCCCCGUGAAACAGGAGCACUUCGUGAGAUCCCUAAUGACUGUACGACCAUCGAUACACCAGAAAGACUUGGAUUUUUAUGAAGGCUUAUUCAGAAAACAAGAAUUAUUCUCUGAUUUAGAGAAGCUGUAAAGACCACCCAUCUGUUGAUUGGUCCCGUGGACUGGAGGCUCACAUUCAGGUGGUUGGCUUAUGUGUCCAGUGUUCUGGGGCACUGCCUACCAUGCUUGAAUCUGGGAUAUGGCUAUAUUUGCCAGCUUCUUUGUAAAGGACAUUAAAUUAUCAUUUGACCGAAA